UUUGGUAUAUAAAUGGCCACUCAACCCAAAGGGCCAGAAUAUUUGUCUAUUUACAUUGGAAACAUUAAGUUGAUUAAACAUUGGGAACAAUUUAAAAAUCAAUAUGAAGCUUAUCCUAUUUACCGUUUUCAUUAUUUUCACAGGUUUCAUAACAAUUCAGGCUGCUGAUAAAAAGAAACCAGCAAAUAUCCCCGAUGAAUUGGAAAACAACGCCACGGGCUCGUGCGAUGUACUGUUCAAUCAAACGGCCGCUCUGGUUGAACCCGUGCUACUUGUUAAUCGUACAGAAUGGCCUACGACAAUGGACGCUGUUAAUAAGCAUUGUGAUCUUGGAGCGACAGUUUAUAAAAGUAUGAGGAAAUACGGUAAAUGUCUCAGUGGACUUUCACGUCAAGCGCUGAACGUUUUCUUACAUGGAAUGAAAAACUUCAUCAAGAGUAUCUGCUCGAACCCCACGAAGAAAUCAAGUACAAUCGAUAUACUUUCAUGUGCUUCGAGUGACAGUUUAAAAGGUUGGAAUAAGUGUUUAUAUCAGGCUAAUCGUCAGCUCGACUUUGCUUCCGACAAUUCAACGGGAAUCGAAAUGGUUGGAAAUGUUUGCUGUAUCUACUCAUCGAUGCUCGAUUGUGUCACCACAAAUACUAAAUCAAGGGCCGAUUGUGACGCUAACCGGGACACAACAAAUUUCCUACGAUCGUCGAUCUCAUUGGUAAUGAAAGAUGUCAUGGAAUUAAUUUGUUCCCGUUAUUCAAACCAAGAGGAAUGUAAUGUUAAUAAUCCCAAAGGUGUGUCCAUACUGAAGGUCAUCGGAGACGAUACCAGUUACCGUGUUGAUGGAGCCUUCUUAUUGUCGCCGUUGCUCAAAACUGCGGUCAAAUUAGCGGCCGUUGAUGAGUCCGAAGUCUAAAAGUCCGACCUUCCGAUACUCUUAAUCUUGAAUCAAUUCUAAUGAUAAUUUGCUUCCUUCUCAUUGUGAACCAACAAUUGAUUCAAUUUUUUGUCGGUCAAUCAAUUAAUUCAAUUAACUCAAUUAUCGUAAACCUGAAAAUUGAAUCAAUUGAAUGUAAAUCAAUUAAUCACAAUUGAAUCAAAUUAACUUCUAAUAAUAAACUUAUCCAUUCAUCUUUCUCUCUCAA